GAAUGCUACUCGGAGAGGGGCAGGAACCGGAAGUGAAGUCGGAGGUGGGGCUUGGUGGGUUUCUCUGCUGCUGCGUGAGGUGACGGGUUCAGGACAGAGGACUAAGCACAUGGACUGGAAGUUAGAAGGGAGCUCUCAGAAAACAGAGUCACACGUGCUGCAGGAGCAAGAAGUCACCCUAGAGGACACAAGUGAAGAUGGCAUCUCUGAAAGCUUCCAGCUUCUACAGAUUGACGUGGAAUGUGAGCAUCAAGAGGAGAUGACCCUGCCUACAAGCAAUGCAGUGUGGCGCUCGAAAAAUGUCCAAAGAAAACAGAGACACUGGGAAAAGAUAGUUGCAGCGAAGAAGAGUAAAAGAAGACAAGAGAAAGAAAGAAGAAAAGCCAGUCGUGUAGAAAAUUCAGGCAUCUACCCCCAGCACAGCAAACGUUUUCUGAGAUCCUUAACCAAGGAAAGACUUUUGGAAGCCAAACACUCAGGACCAAGACUCUGUAUCGAUUUGAGUAUGACCCACCAUAUGUCUAAGAAGGAAUUAAGUAGACUGGCUGGACAGAUCCGAAGGUUGUAUGGCUCAAAUAAAAAAGCUGACAGGCCAUUUUGGAUCUGCCUCACUGGAUUCACCACAGACAGUCCCCUGUAUGAAGAGUGUUUGAGGAUGAAUGAUGGAUUUUCUAGUUAUCUGCUAGACAUAACAGAAGAAGACUGCUUUAGUUUAUUUCCUCUGGAAACCCUUGUGUACCUGACUCCUGACUCAGAACAUGCUCUUGAAGAUGUUGAUCUAAACAAAGUUUACAUCCUUGGUGGACUUGUGGACGAAAGCAUUCAGAAGAAGGUGACAUUUCAAAAGGCCCAAGAACACUCUGUCAAGACUGCUCGCUUACCAAUCCAGGAAUACAUGAUCAGACGCCAGAAUGGGAAGAACUAUCAUUCAGAGAUACUGGCCAUCAAUCAAGUGUUUGAUAUUCUGUCCACUUACUUUGAGACUCAAAACUGGCCUGAAGCAUUGAAGAAAGGAGUUUCUUCCAGAAAAGGCUAUACUCUUCAGAACUCAGUGGAAUGAUGGACAGCCUAAGGUUGCAGCUGCAGGAGGUGAAGUUGCUGGAGUUGCCUUGACCAAAGAACAGAUCAGAGGAUGGUGGUGGUACUCAUUUGCCUUUACUUGACAUCUUGGCUCUUCACUGGGAUAGGAGUUACUAACAGGGACCAUAUUUUAUGCUCUUUUGUAUCUCCCGUAGUGCCUGGCUCACAGGAAGUGCCCAGAUAUAUGUUGACUAACUAAAAAGUUUACAUAAUAAUGAAUUAGCCCUAAAACUACAUGGCUUUGGAUGUGUUAAUUCAUCUUCUGUACAUCUAUUUGUGAAAUACCUACUCUUUAGAGAUAGCUUAAAUAAUCAAGUAAGUAUUAUUCUAUUGAGUCUAAUUUUCACUACACGGGCACCAUAAAGUUGUAUGACUUUCUCCAGCCAUCUCGAUCAUGCUGAUUUUCCCCAACUCAAGUAAUAUGUUGUACAUAGGCUUUGCAGGACCAGCCUUUCCUAACCUAGCCCUGCUUUAAGCCCCCCCAUAGCACUUUUUUCCAUCUAUGGCUCCUACUCUGUCUCCCCUAUUCUGAGUAUGAGCGUGGAGGGCUUCUCUCUUCUGAACAAGUAGUCUCCUAACAAUUUGUGGGAGUACCUUUGUAUCCUUCUGAGCCUUGUGCAAACUAGAUUCUUCAUAUAUACUUGUGAUUAACAGGUCAAAGUGAAAAGCAAAAACACAGUAUUGAUAAGUCUAACUUGAAAAGAGCCAGAAAAUACAUUGCAUCUGACACAAGCAUGUUAGGUAACCUAAAUCUCGGUGAUCUUUUCUCGUGUCCUAGUCAGGUAGAGUUGCUUCAGUUACUCUGGCCAGUUUGGGUUAGUAAACUUGGUAACUAAACUGCUAGCAAAUUCAGAAAAUGUAUUCUGUAUCUCAAAAGAGCCAAAAGGUUACUUCUGUGCUCUGUCCCCUCCCCUUCACAAUUUAUUCCCUCAACAGCUAUGAUCACUUGAUAAAUUGUUAUCAGUUUACUACUUAAAAAUGGCCCAGUCUUCAGGAAACAUCUUUAGGAAUAUAUAAUGCUGCUUGGUCUUUAUCAACAUAUUGAAUAAGUUCUAUAAUCUCUGUCAUCCAAAAGGGACCUCCUAUAGAUAGGCUUCAGGGUCUGUAACUCUUAUAUAUAUUAUCAGGGAGGUCUCUGACCCCAGAACCACUGACCUGGAUCAUCUGUCAGGCUUCAUUUUCACCUUUAAAGGCUUUGCUUAAAAUGCAAAUUUCCUCUCCAUCACAAACCUCUAUUAUUUUUUCAAAACCCAGGCAGGUAGUUUUUUGUUUGGCUUCCUGGAAAUGAUCCUAACAAAGUUAAGAUUUGGCUAGACUUGGAAUCAGAGAUCCUAAUCAUUGUAGUAUCUACAGAACAACAAAAAACUAGACAUGUCCAAAAUAUCCUAUAAUAUGAAAAUGAAAUAUUAUACAACUAUUGAAUUUUUAAUAGCAAUCAUGAAAGAAAUAUAUUAAAUGUUGUUUGAAUCAAAGUAUAUAACAAAGUAGUAUAUAAAGUAAUCCUGUAGUUCUAAUUUGAAAAAUAUACAUUCACAAAUAGUUGAGAAUGUAGGCCAAGUUAAAGUCUGUGCCUCGGUUUCUUCAACUGGGAGGUUAAGUGUCUUUGCAGUUACUAAGACUAAAUGAUUUAAUCCAUGCAGAACACUUUUGGAACAAUACUUGAUACGUGGUAAGCACACGAUAAUUGUUAGCUGUUACAUACUCACCCAUUAAACAAUAGGAUUACAAGUGGUUUUUGUUUGCUUUAUAUUUUCUACGUAGUCUACAUUUUCUUUGGUGAACAUGUUUUACUAUCAUCAGAAAAUAACUUAUUUUAAUGCUCACUUGCAGUUUAUUAUAGAAGCUGCACUCUAGCAAAACUAAAGGAGUUAACAUCAAAUAAACCAUAAUAGUAACUUUUCGUAAACUUUAUUGUAAAAAAACAAAAAACUACAUCAUUACUUUAUAAUGAUUUGUCUCACCCACAAGAACGUGAGUGGCAGCCAGUAACUUUUUAAUAAAAAUAUUUUAUUUAGGACUCUAAUAAGACAUCUUGUCUUCUGAAGAUUUAAUGAGGAGAGGUUCACCUGAGAAACAUUCCCCCCAGGGAAACCCAGAGUCUCUUGGCUCAACUGACCCAUAAAAAAGCCCACAUAGAUCAACUUUCUGCCAAUCUGGAGAAGAUUUGUUUUCUUUGAUCUGCUGUCAUGUGUUCACAGGCUUCUAAAACGUUUGCCAAAAUCAAAGUCUGCUGAAUGGUUUUUGCCUUAACCCAUAUUCUUCCAUUCAUUCCAAAUACUAUCUCCAGUGGGUAGAGUUUUCCCACUUCUUGUAGGAUUUCACAGUCUGGAGCUAGCAGCCUGGUGAGGAAGAGAAAGAAAAUGAAAAUAAAGUGGCAGGGUGUGACCUGACUUUCCUUUAGAAGUCUCCUUUUCUGAGCAGUUCUCCACAGUUAUUCAGAGCUCCACCAACAUCAUCCCAAGAACAAGGCACAUGACAACGUUUGCCCUCUUUCUUCCAAGAAGCUUACCACAGGUCACAACGGUGGACUAUCCUCUCCAAAGAAAUCAAACUCCCUAUGUCACCAACUUUACAAAAAAUGUAUAAAGUUCUUCCUCCACAUUGUCAGAGCACCUUAAUUCUUGACUUUCAAACUGUAGCUUUUUUACUGUCUAUGGUGCUAAGAGAACACUUUAACCUUAUUUUCCUGACCAUGUAAGUU